GACACCAGACAUGGCCGCCAGCGAGCCGAGUAAAGACGGUAAGGACAGCAUUCUGGAGGCGCUGUGUUUCCCCGAGCAGCCGGCUGACACCUCCAGCGCUCCCGGUGUUCAAUGUCCCGGCUCCGAGCCGCUGGUCUGCCUGUUCUGCUCUGAGUCCGUCCCACCGCCGCAGAAAGACGUCCUCCUCAGACACCUGCUGAUGGAGCACAAGCUUGUCAUCGCCGACGUCAAACUCAUCGCAGACGUCCCAAAGUACUUGCUGUACUGGAAGGGCAGAUUCCUCGAGCAGCCAGUCACAGAUUUCUGCAGCGUCAUCAAAACCAACUCCACGGGCCCAGUCGAGAAGCAGGAGGACUACUUCCUGCUGUGUGACGUCCUUCCAGAAGACAGAGUCCUCCGAGAGAAGCUGCAGCAGAAACGACUGGAGGAGGUCCUGGAGCAGCAGCAGAAGGAGCGAGACGACAGCAGCUUCCAUCGUCUCUGCAUGUUCUGCAGCGAAGAGUUCACGGGAAACAGGUCGUCUCUGCUGAACCACAUGGCCAGAGAGCAUUCCUUCAGCAUCGGACUGCCGGACAACAUCGUCUACUGCAGCGAGUUCCUCGACACGCUGCAGGACAAACUGGACAGUCUGCAGUGUCUGUACUGCGAGAAAACGUUUCGAGAUAAAACCACGCUGAGGGAUCACAUGAGGAAAAAAGCUCACCGCCGCAUCAACGCCAAAAACCACGAGUACGACCGCUUCUACGUCAUCAACUACCUGGAACUGGGAAAAACGUGGGAGGAGGUGCAAAGCGAAGAUGACCGUGAGCUGGCGGAUGAUGAGGAUGAUGAUUGGUCGGACUGGCAGGCUCAUCCGGUCUCUGCAGUGUGUCUGUUCUGUGAUCACCAAUCGGAGACGUUGGAGCAGAUCUACGCGCAUAUGAAGGAGGCUCACGGCUUCGACUUCCACCUCCUUAAGACCGAGCUCAACCUCAAGUUCUACCAGCAGGUCAAACUGGUGAACUUCAUCCGGCGGCAGAUCCAUCAGAGCCGCUGCUACGGCUGCAUGCGGAUGUUCGACUGCCGGGCGGACGCCCUGCGUCACAUCACGGCUGAAGGUCACGUGAUGAAACUGCCGGAGAUGUCCGCCUGGGACCAGCCGCAGUACUACUUCCCCACGUACGAGAACGACGCUCUCCUGUGCACGCUCUCUGACAGCGAGGAAGGCGACGGUGACGAGGAGCAUCGCAGCGAGGAGAUCCCGGUCAUCGCGGAGGACAUCUCUAACCUGAGAGCGCUGAAACAGUCCAGCGUCCUCAAGCAGCUGCUGAAGGAGUGAGGAGGCAGCAGCUAGGACCACAGACGGACACGUGUCAUACAUUUGACUCAAAGUCGUCUCUGAGGUCGGCUGAGCUCAGCUCAUGGUGACCACAUCCCACAUGGGUGGAACGCAGCGGCACGGGUUUGAGUCCGGCCCGUGGUCUUUCCCUCUCAACUAUUUCCUGUACGUCUCUACUUAGUACAGAUAAAAAAGGCAAAAGGAAAAAGUUUAAAAGAAGAGUCCUCUCCACAGCUGGACACGCGGACGCCAUGAUGUCCGCUGUAACGUAAUUGCUCUGCCUCAUGCAGUGAAGCUGAAACAUGCGUUUUCUUGAAAAUGAAUUUUAUUACUCGAGUAAAAAUGAUUUUCUUUUGUAACUUGUAACUGAGCUGGAUUCAGUGCUGUGGUGGACGGGCAGCUCAUCGUCAAGAUAAGACGAGAGAACUCUUUAUUGUCAUUGCACAGUCAUACUUAGAACAACAGUACUACACAAUUGGAAACUGUCCCGCGUCGGCACUACGCACAACACAACACAGGAACUUAAUAAAUGAAAAG